AUGAUAUCAAACGAGUCGGAAGUGGAAUCUAUUCCUGGUGUAAAAUCAACCAAUCAGAUAUGGGGAAAGAAUAUUAUCUAUCUAUCUAUCUCUCUCUAUCUCUAUAUCUAUCUCUAUCUAUCUAUCUAUCUAUCUCAUUCCGUUCAUCUAUCUAUCUAUCUAUCUAUCUAUCUAUCUAUCUAUCUAUCUUACCCUGUUGUUUAUCAAUCUGUCUUAGUCUGUUCCUAUCUCUCUCUCUCUCUCUCUCUCUCUCUAUCUAUCUAUCUAUCUAUCUAUCUAUCUAUCUAUCUUAGUCUGUUCUUAUAUACCUAUGUAUCCCAUCUAUCUACGUGUCCCAAUGUAUUUAUUUCUUUCUAUCUAAGAUUAUUUCUUUCUAUCUAUCUAUCUCAGUGUGUUCAUUAUCUAACUAUCCAUCUAUGUAUUUAUCUAUCUAUCUAUUACUGUCUAUCUGUCACUGUCACUGUCAGUCUAUUUCUAUCUAUCUAUCUAUCUAUCACUGAGAGACUAUAUCUAUUAAUUAAUCAAUCAAUCUAUCUAUCUAUGUGUCCUAUAUUUCUUUCUUUCUAUCCUAGAUUAUUUCUAUCACAAUAUACCCCCUCUCUCUCUCUCUCUCUCUCUCUCUCUCUCUCUCUCUCUCUCUCUAAAGAAAGAAAGAAAGAAAGAAAGAUAUGUCGCGACUGA